GUCAACGAUGAAAUACGCUGAUUAAACUACAGAGACAAAGGGAAAAUUUAUUCAGUGAUUUGAAUGCACUCAACAUGAGAUUCACUGAGGAGAGUGAAGAUUGGAAUAGAAAAUGUACUUCGUUAAUUUCUCAGACAAAGAUUAUCCAAACAAGUGUUUUAGAUGAUUGGGUUGAAUCAUUUCGUCUUACUCAACAAUCAGCUGGUAAUGGUGCUCAUUUCGAUAAUAAUUUAGACUUGAUUCAAACAUUUUGCGAAACGUUAGGAGGGAUUUGGUUGAAGCUUAGAACUCAAUUAGAUUUAAUGUCCAAAUAUGGAACCUCAAGAGAUGCUGAAUAUUUGGAGAUGAGACAUGAAGUGGACAAUAUGAUUGGACAGUUGGUUAAACGGACAUUUAUUGUUGAGAAACAACCACCUCAAGUACUCAAGACUCAAACUGCUUUCACAUCGACAGUAAGGUCACUUGUUGGAGGACUGUUGGUUCUCUCUGCCAAUCAACCGAUCGUUCGUGCCUCAAUUUUAAAUGAAUCUCAGGCUCGUAGCUUAAUGCAAUCAUCUCACGAUGGUAAUAUCGAUGCUUCGUCAGGGGCUAUUGUCAAUCGAGAAUCACCCAUAGAAACUCAUAGAACCAAACAAUUUAUUGCCAAUUUUCGUACUAUGACUCUGAAGAAAAUUACUCGAACUAAGAAAAAAGGAGCUGAAUCAGUAGUAGAUGAAAAAUUUGCAAUUCUUUUCCAAGCCGUUUUCAAAAUCGCUGCUGGUGAACUCGUUUUCUACGUCAAGACUUUAUCCUUACCAUUAGUUGUUAUCGUUCAUGGUAAUCAAGAAAAUCAUGCUUGGGCUACAGUCACAUGGGACAACGCGUUUGCAUCAGCCUCUCGAAUCCUU